AUGGCUAUCAUUAAUCCCACACAACUUGUUGACGAAUUCAAGAAGUCUGGUGAAUUCGACCGGCUCCGACGAGAGUUGUUGUCUCAGUUUCGUAAUGGCGAAGGGAUCGCGUCUUUCAUGGCACGAGUAGAGGAUAUCACCAGGCAGAAGCUAGCAUCAGACCAGAAGCUUCAGUACAUGCCUGAUGCGGCAGCAUCCAGGGAGCUCAUGCAAGAGUUGGACAGGUACCCCAUAGUGGAACGUGCAGUGGCAGACGUGGCCAUGCUCUCCGACCCUGUAUUUGCAACCGGAAUACGUGACUCUGUGAAGAAGAUUCUAUCUGAAGAUAGGAAAGUCACUUCCGAGAUCGCCCCGCAGACAGAUGCCAAUGCACCCGACGUUUUUCGGAAGGUGGGGUGCCAAACUUCGAACCAGUCACCACCUAUACCGGCCGUUGAGGGAGAGAGCCGGCGUGAGGGCAUGGAUGCCGUUCGUGCAGUUGGAGGUACUGCUGAACAUGCACCACCUGCUCAUGAGCAGGAAGAAAUGGACGCGAAUGCAGCCCUUCCUCCAUGA